GACCGAGACACGGGACUUAUUUCAUUUCUUCAGAUGUGUGGUAUUUGCGUAAUCAGGGCAGAUAGAUGGCUAUACGCAGUAAAGAUGUUUAAGGGCAUUAAAUGACGCGAUUACUUUAGAAUGCACCCACAUGGGAGGAAAAUAUAUAAGACUUUCUAAAUUAUUUGCUUUAAAUCUUAAACGGCACUGACUCGAAGAAAAAAAAAAGUCCAGUGUCUGCUAGUGAGUCAUGGCCACGGGCCAUGCAUUCCACCACUGAAGUGCAAUGUCUGAGCUGAGCAAAAUGCCUUGUCCCAAUUCCUGUGAGGGCUGCCGAGUAGGGACCCCCGUAUUGAAACUAGUCUGUUUUUGCUGUGGUCACAUGACCACUGCCACCCAGCAAUGAAAAAGAGAAGCCUCUCCACGUCAGCUUACGUCCCAGUGUUCCCUUCUCAGAGCUGCUUUACAGAGGCAGCACCACAGAGUAAUCAUGCUAAGCUCAGCUAAAGCGAAGAUUCCAGGAUAGCAAUGGACAGUGAUGAGCGGGUCUCUUGCUCUUCGAACAUGUAUUUGCCCAACUGUACUUAUUAUGUGUCGGGUCCUGAUUUCUCCAGCCUUCCUUCUUUCUUGCCCCCAAAUCCUACGUCUCGCCCGAUGACUUUCCCUUAUUCCACAAACCUCUCCCAAGUUCAGCCCGUCAGAGAAGUUACCUUCAGAGACUAUAGCAUUGAUACAGCUAGUAAAUGGCACAGCAGAAGCAAUGCGCCACACUAUUAUUCAGAAGACGAGAUCAUGCACAGAGACUGUUUUCCUUCCACUAAUACUACUAGUAUGACAGAACUUUUUGGGAAAAGCAGCUCCGGUGCCUACCACUCUAACUCCAACGGUUCGCCAAGCUUUUAUGGCUCUGUAGGUCGAAAUGGGGUCCUGCCUCAAGCGUUUGACCAGUUCUUCGAAACUGCUUAUGGUUCCACAGAAAGCAAGCCCCCAGAUUGCCCCAGGUACAAACAUUCCGUUAAAAUGCUCGGGGCAACUUCAAGUUCGGAGACUUGCCGACAGGCGGAUGAUAAAGGGAGGAGAGCAGAGAGCAGCAGCCCAGAGUCUUCUUCCGGCAACAAUGAGGACAAGUCCAGCAGCAGCUUCAGUGGUGCUCGCAUUCGAAAAAAGAGAUGUCCGUAUACAAAAUACCAGAUCAGGGAACUAGAAAGAGAAUUUUUCUUCAGUGUAUACAUUAACAAAGAAAAACGCCUCCAGCUUUCAAGAAUGCUUAACCUUACUGACCGGCAAGUUAAAAUUUGGUUUCAGAACAGAAGAAUGAAAGAAAAAAAACUCAACAGAGACCGGUUGCAGUACUACACUGCUCCACUUCUAUAAAACAGUUUACUGCUUUGAGGAACAAUGUACUGCAGACAUACCAUUCUGAGUCAGUUCCAAAACUCAGUUACAUUUCACUACAGUGAAUCAGGAAAAUGCACACUAUGUUCUAAAGUACCACUGCAUAGACUUCAGCUGUAUUCUUGUGUCUGAGCAGUAACUGGAUAUUAUUUCAACGAGACGGUGUCAGGCUUUGCUAUAAAUGAGCCAUUCGGACUUCAUUCAAUGCACUGCACCAAUUUAUGCUGUGCAUCAGUCCCCCUGCAGCCCAGCAGUGAUAUUGUUUUAACGAGGUAUGGUGGAGGGGAAACACCCCGUUAUUUUCCCCUUCUGGUCUUUGAAGAAUUGUUACACCAUCUGUAUUUUCAAAUCAGUUCAUUCAUAUAGGAGUCAACCAAUAUGCACUUUCUGUAAUAUACAAUGUUUAUGCAUGUACUCUUAAACCACGGAUACCUGUUUUAAUAUUCGAAGAGAAUGCAGCUGCAGCUUUGAAGCUUGGUUAUUUCUUCCAGAUAUAUUUAAUUUAAUGUAUAUACAUCAGUAGACGUAAUAAGUCACAGCAGUUCUCACAAAAGUACAUUUUGUUUGAUUCUUUAAUCCCCAUAUGAAUGCGCUGUAAAGCUAAGUGCACACAAAAGAGGAGCCCUUACAUAACCGGGAAGUGUGAAUCAACACGUAUACGCAUAUGUAUUUAAGCACAGAGUUGUGUAAAUGUUGCAUGGUUUGUUUUGUAAGUUGUAGCCUUGAAGAAGAUGACAUUGCGUUACUCCCGUGGCUACUAAGAGUGUAUGCGUUUGGACAGACACGCAAAAAUACAAAUAAUACAAAAAACGCACCCCCUCUCAUACACAGACAUGCACUCCCCCCUAACAAAUGAUUACAAACAAGAGUCAGAAAAAGAAAGAGACGCCGAAAUUAUGAUACGAGCUGUUAGAAAACAUAACAUGUUUUCCAUUUUUUAUGUCUAAACCUGUUAACAAAAUCGUACAAGACUGUAUUUCUUAUUAGGUUCAUUUUUCGCAGUUGUGAAAUAAAUAGUGCGAUUUAAA